CACCAGUUUUGAAGGUUUACCUAUAGGACAAGCAAAUGAACUUGUGUGUUUGGCCGAGAGGGUGGAGAUGCUGCCACGGCGGGCAGUGUGCGAACAUCUUUGUCCAGCUCAUCUGGGUCCAACAUGCCCAGGGCCACUGCCAGCUACCGUUUACUGUCCACUAUGAUGGGAAAGGGCAGCGGGCAACGGUCAGACUCCUCAUAGUUUUACACCAGCAUGUCCCAGUUUGUACAGAGAGACACGUCAGUUAUUCAAGCCACACUGAUGUACAGUAGCUCUGUCUUACACAAACAAAAAUGUCGAGUAAUAUUUACAACAUAGUUAAAAACUAUAGUGCCUGUAAAGAAAAACCCCUCCAAAACCAGAAGGAUGUGACCACGAAUCCAUUGUGCAUCACGCAUGUGUUGAGGUGGAAUUUUUAGGUUUGACUUCGGGCCCUUAGCUGCUGGCUCGUCUUACUGAGGGUUUUGGAUUUGGAUCAAGGGGCUUGUAUGUGGUCAUACACAGCAUGUGUAUCUGAUCACAGGGUAGAUGAACUUGUCAAUUUCUAUACCACAUCAUAUGUUUGUUUUUUUCAGAGGCCAAGCCCUUGUCAGUAUAGGUUUACAGGUAUAUUAUUGGCAAAUGUCUAAAGCAUAAGUUAGUGACAUGGAACUGGGCUGGAGCAGGUCUCAGGUUCUCUCUCUCUCUCUCUCUUGCUCAUGUAAUUCUCCACAAACCUACUGUAUAGAAAUUAUGAAAUGAACGGUGUUCAUAGUCAGUAUAAGCCUACUUACGAAAUUCCUGGAGUUUAGUUUUUGCCAGUGUUGGUCUCUCUCUCUCUCUCUCUCUCUCUCUCUCUCUCUCUCUCUCUGUCUCUCUCUCUGUCUUCUGUCUGCAUCGAGGUCAGGAAACGCAUCUCCCAGCAGCGGUCCGGGCCUUUUCAGAGUGACCGUGGAGGAUCUUUGGUCUGUUCGGCAGCUGCUCCGAUGACACAGAGAGAGAGAGACACACACAGAGAGAUAAAGAGGAGGAGGAAACGUCCCUCUACUUACAGAAGCAUGGCUUCAAACGGACCGAAUAUAACGCAGCAGCUUGGCAAAUGACCCUUUUACGCACACGCACGGCCUCAGCUCCCGAUAGGAACUUUGACACUUUGUGAAAGUGCAACACUGAAGCUCUGCUGCACUCUGUUGGCUGUUUUCAGCAUACAUUUGAGCAGUUACAAACACCUUGUUUUGCACUUCAAUAAGAGAGGAUAGUGCAGCCACGUGACCAGUGGGCCACAGUCCACCACUGGCUCUCCAGUCUGCGGGAUGCUGCUCAUCUGAGCGCGUGCCCUAAAGGAAGGGCGGGUACCACACCGAGGACGCGUUGUCAAACGGAAAAUGUCCUCAGCGACGUGCAGACGGAACAGUUGCCGCGGGGGCCGCGGCGCGUCCUCCGAGGGCCAUGUGCGCCGCCGGGGCUCCAGCUGUUGUCACGUCCCCCCUCCCGGCGCCCAGGCCGAAGGCUCCCCCGUCAGCCUGAGUCAGCCGAUGUUCGCCAUCACGCUGCGCUUCUUCCUGGCGAUAGACCUGCGGCUGUCCAAGCGACUGGGCGUGUGCGCCUGCGAGGGGUCGCCGUGGGGCGGCAUACGGCCCCUGGUGCGCAUGGUGGAGUUCUCCGGCCACGCCGUGCCGUGGCUCGUCGGCACCAUGUACGCCCUGCUCCGCGGGGAGACGGCGGCGGAGCAGGAGAUCAUGCUGAACUUGGCCCUGGCUCUGCUGUUGGAUCUGCUGUUGGUCAGAGUGGUGAAGACUAUGGUCAAGCGUCGCAGGCCGGCCCAGAGCCGCUCUGACAUCCUCUCCGCCUUCUUUGUGGAGCGCUACUCCUUCCCGUCAGGCCACGCCACGCGGGCGGCCAUGUGCGCCCGGUUCUUCCUGGCCCAGAUGGUGGACACGGCCUCCAUGCGGUUCCUGGUGGUGGGAUGGGCCGCCCUGGUGAGCCUGUCCCGGCUGCUGCUCGCCAGGCACUAUGUGACAGACGUGGGCUUUGGCCUGGCUAUGGGCUACUGUCAGUACGGCCUGGUGGAACGGCUGUGGGUGACGCGGGACUGCCUGCAGGACGUCCUGCUCUUGAGACUGCGAGAGAGACUCCGCAGGGUUUAUGAUGGACUCUGGACGGCAGAUUGGACACAUUAGGGCUGGUGGAGCUGGGUGGUGUGUCAACUUAUAUGUAUGGGAUGUGUAGCAUCAGCGUGUGUAAUUCAAGCAACUCCCAUAAAUAGGUGAAAUUUAUUUAUUAUUGGAAUAUAUCAAAGUUACUUCAGUAGUUCUAUUUGUUCUAUGUUUAGAUGUUGGUAUUUUUUAAUGAGGAAUGAGGUGGAAAUAUUGAAAUUGAUGGUCUGGGACAUCACUGGAAAGCUGUUCAUGCAAAUUGGUUGCACAAUGGUGCAGAUGAUGCAUGGACUUGAUCUCACAAGGUUGAAACCAAAGCUUAAUUUAAUCAAAGAUAUUUUUAAAAUCUUAAAAUCAAAUAAAUGUAAGCCGUUUUACCAUUUACAUAUCUACUUUAGUUCGGUAUCUCACUGAGACAGUGUGGGCGUUUGAGGAUGAGCGCGAAAGGUGUGAAGAUGACACCCGGCACAGUGCGUCCCUGAGAAUCAUCCUCUCGUCUCAUUAUGUCGUGGCACGCGCGUUUUCACAUGAGGGGUGUGUGUGUGUGCUUUUGUGUGCGCUGUGACAACACACCGCGGUCGCUUUCUAUUUUGUGUGACCGCUGGUGGGGGGAGGUCAACUCCCACUCGCCCCAAAUUUCCAUCAGCUGCCGCCGAGUCUCCUGACUGUCACUAAUACUGUAAUACAUCCUGUCUCCUCUUACGCCGCUGAUAAACAUGCCACUACAAUUUUUGAAAAUGGUAGGAGAAUAAAGCCAAGGAUCGUGGAUUCAGAGAGCUAACAGGACUUUUAGUUUUGCCAGUGCAAAACUGUGUUAUAUUAAACUGCUCUUUGGUGUGUGUGUGUGUGCGUGCGUGCGUGCGUGCGUGCGUGCGUGCGUGCGUGCGUGCGUGCGUGAGAUGCAGAUGCAGAUGCAGCCAGUUGUCCACAGAGGGCAGUGCAUAAUAAUGCAAACAUGGAGAUUGUACAGUCAGUAAAGUGCACUCAAAGACUCUACUUGUGUUUACACUGAAGUCAAGUACGUAGGGACCAUUACCUUCUCCAUCUUUUGGCCACAAUGCAGGCGAGGGGUAUGCUUGUACGUGAAUCAUCUAAAAAGCAGGGACCCUUAUCAAUACAAUAAGAAAAACAAAGUGCAGCAGUAAUAACUGAAAGAGCAACAAACUUGAGCAACUAACUUUCAGCUGUUAACAGUUUUUCAGAUCUGACAUUGGGAUUAACUGUCUCCGUCGUUUCUAUAUAGCCACAAUAUGCAGGUAUAAAAAUGACUGAUAGGUGGACGCUAAGUCAUGAAUGUUAAUGUGACUAUGUCCGUGAUAUCAGUGUUUAUAGAUUUUAUAGUUCAUGGCGUAGGUCAUUAAAGGUUAACUUGCUGCAAUGGCGACCAGGCGACAAACAGGAGCAGCCUCACUGAAACUGUUGCACGCCUUAAUCACUGCCAUGGAUAAACAAGUUUGUGCUCCAAGUGAAUAUAUUAAAAUAUGCGGGUAGAUGAGCUCAGUGCCUCUUACAAAUAUUUGUGGGAAGUGUUGUCUUUGUCAAGGUUUGGCAUGCAGGAUCAAAACAUCUAGUAUACUGUUAGAUGCACAGUUGUAUAUUUGGUGGCCUUUAAUAACCAUAUUUAUAAUAUAAUAAACUUUAUUUACAGACACGUUCUC